GCAUAGCUACGGAAGGGGGGAGAUAAAAAUUCAGCACGCUGUUUAAUUAGCCUAAGAACACCAGGCAACAUUGUGGGAUUUGCAAACCUUCCCGCAAGCCCUUGGCAAAGGAGCCCCACGAAUGCCACGUGAGCGCUUGUUCAUCCUCUGUCAAAACCCUGAACACCAGGAGCUGUGGGUGGCAGAGAGCAUCAGCCCCAGGGCUUCAUCUCUUCAGCACACAAAGCUCACAGACUCACCUUGCUCCUCCUUCACUUGGUUUAGCUGUGUGCCUGCACAGGGUUUUUGAAAAAGCAGCGUCUCAUGUUGCUGAAGGAUCAACUCAGUUGUACUCCAGCAAUUAGAAAAUGGAAAUGUGCAUUCAGCUGCAAGGAAUGCUCAAGAGUAGUAAUAAUUUGGCUGUGCUGUUUUCACUUAGAAGAGAGAUUCCCCGCAGAGGGAAGGGUGGAGGGAAGAAGGAAAAGGAAGGAUGAUGCAAAAAGCCACAGGAGUGUAAAUUGAACAAGGCUUCCUCAAGAGAGGCAAGGGAGGAAGUGAGAGUUUUCCAUGAUAAAACCCACAUCCCUGGAAUAUGGCUGAGAUGAGAGAAGCUCUUCAGUCCCAUUUCUGUGCAUGAUGGAGAGUGGCACUUCCAAAGGAGAGGACACUACAUCAUGAUCCUGUUAACUUAAGCCAUGACAUCAAGAAUCCUUCAUCAUCUCUUGUGUCACUCUUUCAGAAGCCUUCCCUGGAAAUGGGGAUACUCUCCCCACCAGGCCUCAGAUAGUUCUGAUGGUUCUCCAAAUGUCUGGAGAACCAGCUCAAGCUGGCCAGGUGUCCCAAGGGGAAUUUCAGCCAAAGUGGGGAAAACAUGAAGGCUCAUUUCAGGUGACCAGCAGCUCAGAUGAUCCUUUCAGUCCAUGGGGUGAGGUGUCCCGUCCUCCAGAGAGAACACUGAUACCUGAGGACAGAAAAAACUCUCCAAAACCAAUUCACCCACUCUGGCCACGCUGGAAAGGCUGGGGACCAGCCAGGGCAGCUCUGCAAAGGCUCCCACAGUGUGACUGGCACCACUGGAAAGGACAAGUCCUUCUCCCUGCUUCCACCCUGAGCUGCUCCAAGCUCAGCCUCAGGUGUGGGGUCUAGAUGGGACAUUGGGUUUAAUCUUCCACUGUUUGGUUGCUCAUUGCCUUUGGAUGAGAAGAUCAAAGUAGGAGCCACACAUGAUAUGGGCAGGAGGACUUGGAAACUGAGCCCAAAAGGAAAGUUUUGGCCUCCAGACUAAGUUCCUACACGCUGUAGGACAGCCCCACUUGUUCCCCCCAGUGCAGUUGCAGCUCAGGUGGGUUUCUUGGCUUUCAGGAGACAGUUUAAAGUGAAAAGCUAAAAGGUUCCACCUCAGCCCCUUCAGCCAGCCCUCUCUGACUGUGGUGGUUACCUUUGGGCUCCUCAUCUUGUUCUGCCAGGGCAGAUAGGAAAAGCUUUUGCUUUUUCAGCCACCCUAUGACAAAAAUUCAGAGGCGUGGAUUCUAUGAAAACAGGAUGUCAGCCUUUUGUCAGAAAAGAUCACAAGGGGAGUGAGGUUUCUUUAUUUUAUUUUAUCCGCCUCUUUCUCUCUCUCUGUUUCAUUUUCUGACUCCCUCCUUCACAUCCUCCUCCCACCUCCCAGUUUCUGCCAGCGCUGAGCACGCGGAGAGAGGAGGACGUGGAGGAGAUGGCAGUGGCUGAGGCACAGCUGUACGCAAAGGUGUCCACCAAGCACCGGGGCAGGAGCACCUCUGCCCUCCUCCAGCCUCUCCUGGCCAAAGGAUUCCCGGCUCAUAUCGCGCAAAAGGCCUUGGUUGCUACUGGACAAAAGACAAUAGAAGAUGCAGUAAAAUGGUUGCAUUCCCACUGCAAUGACCCCUCCCUGGAUGACCCAAUCCCUCAGGAAUACGCCCUUUACUUGUGCCCCACGGGCCGCCUGCACAGCCGCCUGCAGGACUUCUGGCAGGAGAGCAAGCGCCAGUGCGGGAGGAACAGAGCCCACGAGGUUUUCCCCCACGUCACCCUCUGUGACUUCUUCACGUGUGAAGACCAGAAAGUGGAAUUACUGUAUGACAUCUUAAAGCAAGUUGGUGACAGCUUUUCCCAGAGCUUUCCACCAUCCAUUUCCCUAACACUACAUGCAUCUCCCAGCUACCUUGGCUUCUUCAUUGAUGACAUCCAGGGAAAUGUCCUCAAAGAGUUUGCUGUGGCAUUCUCAUCAGAGGCUUCAGCCCUGGCAGACUGCCACGUGAAGCCCUCCUUGAAGCAGUUCCACCUUACCUUGGCCCACAGGUUUUAUCCUCACCAUCAGAAGACUUUGGAAGAAUUGGCCAAAUGCAUUAACCCAGGGGAGCCUUGCCAGUGGGUGGCUGCUCUCUAUUCACGGGACAUGCGUUUUGUGCAUUACCAGAGGCUGAGGGCCCUCUUCCAGUACAAGCCCCAGAACAUUGACGAGCUCCUGAUCAACGCUGGGGAUUUGAUCUACGUGGACCCACGGCAGCAGAGCGACGCGAGCGAGGGCUGGGUGAUCGGCACCUCGCACCGCACCGGCUGCAGGGGCUUCCUCCCAGAGAACUACACCGAGAAAGCCCACGAGUCAGACACCUGGGUCAAGCACAGGGAAUAUGUUUUUAACACAGCUUUGAGACCCUUCACCAAAGCUGGAAAGGAACCCAAUGUAAAGCUGAAUGGGGAAGCCCAAAAUCUCAGCAUGUCAAGGAGUGUAACCAAUGUUCUUUCUCUUCAGAACGCCGCCCUGCGGAGAGCGGUGCUGGUGAUGCGCCACGGGGAAAGAGUGGAUCAGGUCUUUGGCAAAUCUUGGCUUCAGCAGUGCCUGACUGCAGAUGGGAAAUACUACAGAGCAGAUCUGAACUUCCCCUCCUCCCUGCCGAGGCAGAAAGACAGCAUGAAGCAGUUUGAAUGUGAUCCUCCAUUAUCUUGCUGUGGCAUUUUCCAGUCAAGGCUUAUAGGGGAAGCUCUGCUGGACCAGGAGGUGACAGUCAGCUACGUGUACUCGUCCCCUGCCCUGUGCUGCGUGCAGACAGCUCAGCACAUACUGCAGGGGCUUAAAUUAAAUCAAAAAGUCAAAAUCAGGGUGGAACCAGGACUGUUUGAAUGGACCAAGUGGGAAGCAAGCAGAGCAAUCCCUAACUUCAUGACUGUGGCAGAACUGGUGGAGGCAUCUUAUGACAUAGAUACAAGUUACAGGGGUAACUUCCCACUCUCUUCUCUGGUGCCAUCAGAAAGUUAUGAAGACUAUGUCAGCAGAAGCUCUGCGGUUAUAAAACAGAUCAUCAGUGACUGCCCCAGCAAAGGCAUCAUCCUCAUGGUGGGCCACGGCUCCUCCUUGGCAUCUCUAACCCGAGCGCUCACAGGGCUCCCCAGCAGAGACAGCAGAGACUUUGCCCAGAUGCUGAGGAAGAUCCCUUCCCUGGGCAUGUGUUUCUGCGAAGAACAGAAAGAGCAGAACAAAUGGAAGAUGGCCAACCCACCAGUGAAGACAUUAACUCAUGGAGCAAAUGCAGCAUUUAACUGGAGAAAUACUGUCAUGGAAGAUUAAAAGGUCAUCACUGCCUUUGCAGUUGUCAAAAAGGAGCCAAAGGCAGGUUAUGGUUCAUCACAGGGCAGUGAUUCAUCCAGAAGACACACAGAGGGUGGGAAAUGCCCUCUCUGAGUUGUCAAAACACAGAAAAACACUUCCCAAGUUUGGUGCCUGGAUUUUGUUUUUAUUUUGGUGACUGCGAAGAAUGAACUCAUGAAACAGAAUUGAAGUGAGAAGUAACACUUCUGGUGGUGGUGAGGAAAGUACCUUUUAACUUUGCCUGAGUGUACAAAUGUUCAAUAAAUAGGGAUAUAACUACCUGAUAUUCCACUCCAAGAGGCACUGCAGUUAAACAACGUCCUGUUAUUGAGACCAAACUACAUCCAGCAAGAAUUCCCUUUUUGUUUUUUUCUCUUCUUCAGUCACUUGGAUAUUUUCAGACAACAGAAAAGCUGGGACUGAAAAAAAGUCAACUCCUACCCAAAGAGGGGACCAGCUCUUGCUAAAGCCACUGUGUUUCCUGUUCACUCCAUCAGUUCUGUGAGAGCAAAUACCACACUGACUCUGUGUUUACCUCUUCUACAAAGGGAGUCCAUUUUCUGUCACACAAGCUCCUCUUCCAGCAGUUCUCCAGCGAUGCAUAUUGCUGAAGGGUCUAAAGUAUUCCUUUUUGAAGGGAAAUCAACUGAUUGUUGUUUCUGGGACAAAGAAAGAUGCCCUGUGUUACUGUACUGGUGACAAAACUGACAUGAGCAACUUUAACCCUGAACCCUUCCAGAGAUGGCACUUGCCCCACAACAGCUUUGCUUUGUGCUGGUUUGUGCCAAAUUUGUUAAUGGUGACCUGAAAGGUUUCUGCAGCUCCUCUCUAGGCAGUGUGUUUAAUUAAGGGAACUUAAUUAAGCAGCCCUGAAAUUUUAUGCACAAACAGGAACAUGCCUUUCCACUGUGUGUUUUUUCUCCUGCUUUUCCUUUCUGGUUAUCAGAUAACUUCUUCCAGGAAAGUACAAUGUUUCUUUCAAUGAAAGGAAAAAUGAAAAUGUUUCUCUCA